AUGGCAGAAGAAGAGUUGCCAGGCGUUUUGAUUCUGGAUAUAGGAGGAACUCAUGGUGUGCUAGAAAACCUUGCAGCACUUUUAAAAAAACACUUUCGCCUUAUCACCAUGAAGGAAUUUCUUGAAAACAAAAAAGAAAUGAGCAAAAAAAUCCAAUCUAUUUUCGUGUUUGAGUGCAGGCCAACUAUUGACCGGGAGCUUCUAGAAAGCCUGCCUAAUUUAAAAGUAAUUGGAAACUCUGGGGUUGGAGUUGAUCACUUAGACUUGAAAAUGAUUUCUAACUUUGGCGUAAAAGUGACCAACACCCCACAUGCCGUGGCGGACCCAACAGCAGAUAUAGGAAUGGCCUUGAUGUUGGCCUCUGCCAGAAGACUAGUGGAAGGCUGCCAGAUUGCGGUUUCUCCAGACACAAAGUAUUUUGCUGUUGACUGGCUGGGAGUGGAAGUAACCAGAGCGACACUCGGGAUCAUCGGGAUGGGCAGCAUUGGGUACAAAGUGGCUCAGAGAGCCAGAGCCUUCAACAUGAGGAUUCUGUACCAUAACAGGAACCGGAGAAGAAAGGAGGAAGAAGAGGCAGUUGGUGCCCACUACUGUGAGAAGAUGGAAGACUUGCUGCAGCAAUCUGACUUUGUUAUGUUGGUUGUGAACCUGACUCCUGAGACUCACAAACUGAUUGGGAAAAAGGAGCUCGGGCUGAUGAAACCCACAGCUACUCUUAUAAACAUCAGCCGAGGUGGAGUUAUUGAUCAAGACGCAUUGGUAGAAGCUCUUCAGAAUAAGGUUAUUAGGGCUGCUGCUCUGGACGUGACAUACCCUGAGCCUCUGCCAAGAGACCAUCCUUUAUUAAAAUUAAAUAACAUCAUCAUAACCCCUCACAUUGGAACUGCAACGGUCCAAGCUGUCCGUAUGAUGGCAGAAGAAGCAAUAGCGAAUAUGCUGGCUGUUCUCAAUGGCCAACCCAUUCCAAGUGAAGUGUUUCCCAAAUGACGCGUGCCAGAUGAUAUCACUAAAUCUCACAUGUAUGGGAAGGCACUAUUUCUCACAGUACCACUUUUAAAAGAA